AUGCAGUCUAAUAAGGACCUGCCUGCACCUACUGGAUCACAGACUAUCCCUCAAAUUCCUGUGGGUUUCUCCCUUAUGGCCUCUGCAGACGAGGUGGAUUUUGCUGUCUCGGAUGAGAUACAAUCUAUUCUGGACACUACCAUGUCCAAAUCAAUGUCCAAAGCAUUAGCCUCUGCCAUGGACGUUAUGUCUACGUCUUUAUCCAAGACGUUUACACAGGCCAUAUUACAAGCUCAAAUGUCGGUCCCUCCAACCUCUCAGACGGUCGCGAUACCCACUGCCUCUCAUCCAGGCCGUAAAGCACUGGCAACGACAAAACAUGCCAAAACUAUUAUGAUGGACAGUAUACCACCUGCCACAGAUGGCGCACGAGUGAAUCCACCGCACAAAAGAGCCACAGGCUGGGUAAAAGCGGCAAGGUUAUGGAAACGGGCUAAAGCCCAACAUGAUUCUGCUGAGUCAGAACUCAGUGAUGAGGAGGUGUAUGAUCAGGAGUCCGCUUUGGACCCGUCUGAUGAUUUAUCUGACCCUGAGUCAGACUAUGCAAUAGGGGAAGGUGAAAUCCCCUCUCAUGUUUACCCCUCUGAUGGGGCUUUAGGGACUAUAGUAAGUCACCUAUUGUCAUCUGAGGCAGAGAAAAUUCUAGAUCCACAGGGUGAACCGCUUUUUGACCCUGAUGACUUACGUCAUCCAAGAUCGGCCAAAUGGUCACCUUUUGAGCAUGUGGCAUGCUAUAUUGGUGCCUGGGUGCGCAAACCUCUUGAAAGAGUCACCUGUAAUAUGUUGAGAGCUGAAUGCCCAUGCCCCACAGUACCUGACGAAGUGUGCAAAACACCUCAGGUCAAUCCAAAGAUCGCUCAAUUUUUAGGCAAGUCUGGCUGGAAACUCAGAAAGGGUCUAGACGUCUCACUCUGA